GACCCUCGUGGCCAGUGUCUUCUGUGCUCCUGGGCCUCAGCCCCUCCCCAGCCCUCCUCCCCCCCCCCGCCCUGUGCUGACCACAGAGGGGCCAGGCAGGGGAGGGGCCGGCGCCACAUGCACAGACUCAGAGCUGCGAGAGGCCCGGAACCUACCCAGCCCCUCGCACUGCUGUGGGCUCGGACCUUGGGGGCCAGGGAAGAGCCCCGGGGAUCAGUCGGGGGCCCGAGGGCAGGGACAGCGACCACGGGCCUGGAAAGGUAGAUGCUUUAAGGGGCAGGCUAGGCAGGGCCUGAGGAAGGACUGGUGGUCACAUCCCCCACCCCCUGGCCCGGCGGUCCCCAUGCUGGCCCCGAGGCCACUCCUGCCGCUGCUCCUCGUGGUUGGGCUGACCUUGGGGGCCAGCCUGCCGCCAGGACCCAGAAGCCACUCCGGCGUGUGCCCCAACCAGCUCAGCCCCAACCUGUGGGUGGAUGCCCAGAGCACCUGUGAGCGUGAGUGCGUCAGGGACCAGGACUGUGAGGCCGCCGAGAAGUGCUGUACCAACGUGUGCGGGCUACAGAGCUGCGUGGCAGCGCGCUUCCCCGGCGGCCCAGCGGUGCCCACGCUGCUGGCCUCGUGUGAGGGCUUCACGUGCCCUCAGCAGGGCUCCGACUGCGACAUAUGGGACGGGCAGCCCGUGUGCCGCUGCCGGGACCGCUGCGAGAAGGAGCCCAGCUUCACUUGUGCCUCGGACGGCCUCACCUACUACAACCGCUGCUACAUGGACGCGGAGGCCUGCCUACGCGGCCUCCGCCUGCACGUGGUGCCCUGCAAGCAUGUCCUCAGCUGGGCGCCCAGCAGCCCAGGGCCGCCGGAGCCCACGGCCCGCCCCACGCCCGGGGAUGCCCCCACGCCGCCUGCUCUCUACAGCAGCCCCGCCCCACAGGCGGUGUUCGUGGGGGGCACCGCCAGCCUCCACUGCGACGUCAGCGGCCGCCCGCCACCCGCCGUGACCUGGGAGAAGCAGAGCGACCAGCGGGAGACGCUGAUCAUGCGGCCAGACCAGAUGUAUGGCAACGUGGUGGUCACCAGCAUCGGGCAGCUGGUGCUUUACAACGCCCAGCCCGAGGACGCCGGCCUCUACACCUGCACGGCACGCAAUGCCGCCGGCCUGCUGCGGGCUGACUUCCCGCUCUCCGUGGUCCGGCGGGAGCCGGUCGGGGCCGGGGCACCCACGGCCUCUGGCCCGGCCGAGUGCCUGCCUGACUUGAGGGCCUGCAGCAGCACGGCCCCCGGCCUGGUCCUCUGGCACUUUGACCCACAGCGGGGAGGCUGCAUGACCUUCCCCGCCUGCAGCUGUGAGGGAGGCGGCCGCGGCUUCGAGACCUACGAGGCGUGCCAGCAGGCCUGCGCCCGGGGCCCUGGCGACGCCUGUGCGCUACCGGCCGUGCAGGGCCGCUGCCAGGGCUGGGAGCCGCGCUGGGCCUACAGCCCGCUGCUGCAGCAGUGUCACCCCUUCGUGUACGGCGGCUGCGAGGGCAACGGCAACAACUUUGAGAGCCGCGCGAGCUGUGAGGACGCCUGCCCUGUGCCGCGCACGCCGCCCUGCCGGGCCUGCCGCCUCCGCAGCAAGCUGGCGCUGAGCCUGUGUCGCAGCGACUUCGCCAUCGUGGGGCGGCUCACCGAGGUGCUGGAGGAGCCCGAGCCAGGGGGUGGUGGCAUUGCCCGCGUGGCCCUGGACGAGGUGCUCAAGGACGACAAGAUGGGCCUCAGGUUCUUGGGUACCAAGUACCUGGAGGUGACACUGAGCGGCAUGGACUGGACCUGCCCCUGCCCCAACGUGACAGCCGGCGACGGCCCGCUGGUUAUCAUGGGGGAGGUGCGAGAUGGCGUGGCCGUGCUGGAUGCUGGCAGCUAUGUCCGCGCCGCGAGUGAGAAGCGCGUCAAGAAGAUCUGGGAGCUGCUCGAGAAGAAGGCCUGCGAGCUGCUGAACCGCUUCCAGGACUAACCCCGCCCGCCCUGCCUUCCUGUCCCGCUGAAUAAAAGCCAGCGCUUCCCCAGA